AUGACAGCGCGGGCGAGCUACGUUGAUUAUCCCAGACCAAUUAUAGGUUCUCCAGGUUCCGGUGCUUUGGUCUCAGGAAAACGGAUUUCGCAUCGAUACACUCAGAGUGCACCGUCUGCGCUGCUGCCGAUCCCGUCUUUGAGCUCUUCGUUGACCUCGAUAUCAUCAGCGAUCGCUAAUUCAAGUACAUUGACGACACCCACUUGCGACACGUAUGAUGAGUACAUUGCGCCGUCGGUGACUUUGAAUAUAGUGUCUAUCACUGGCAGUGGCACGACGACUCCAGAAGUCGAUCAGGAGUUUGACGUUCCGACACCAAAAGCUUCUCCGAGAGCAAGUUCGAGAAUUCCAGUUCCUGUUCUCCUCGUUAAUCGAACAAGACGUUACACAGCUCCAACUGAGAGCGAGGUCGCCACUGUCGAUCGUGGUCCUUCAUACUCUGAUCUGGGUUUCACGCAGCGAUCACAAAACUUGCGCAAGUCCAAUCCGAGCUUUAUUCCCAUCUCUUCCAACUCGGUCCGUAGUGCUCUCGGAUCGAAAAAGCUAGCAUCCAAAUCUACUUUACGUUCACCCUCAGCAACGGUCUUGUCCCACCGAAGACGGACCUUUUCCCCAGCAACUUCCCGUCCGAACCCUAGCCAACCUUCACAGCCAAAACCUACCUUGGCUAUCUCGUUCGUAUCAUCACCAGAUCCUUGUCCAUCACAGAGUUUACCUGCAAUGGUAAGCUCCAAAACGGACGUAGAUCGGCUGUAUUCACACCGGAGAUAUUCUUCUUCUGAAAUCGGCAAGGCUAUGGAUUCAGCGGCUCGGAAAUGCUAUGGUGCAGCCUCGUGCUCGACGAGUUUAUGUUCCCCGCAAACAGGCUCAUACCGAACGUCAUCGUCCUCCUCGUCCCUUGUUCCCGGCUCACAAGCCGAAACAAUGUCUGGUAAAAGAAUGACGCCCGGGGCUCGUCAUACUACUCACGGCAUGCAUAAUAAUAUUAUUCAUAAACCUGGUUUUAGCUCUUCUCAGACGCUUUUACACAACCCAUCUAAUUCCUCUCGCGCAGCUGAACGCAUGCUUCGGUCUACUCUCGCUCGAGAUGAAACGAAUUCGAUUUCUGAGAAGCGCAGACGACAUUCGUCUGCUACUCCAAACUUAGUAGUAGGCAAUGGUGGUCUGGAGUCGUCGGAGUCGGCGACCACGUUGAAACCCCACGAAAAGAUCCUGCGGGCACGGUUGGAGCGAGUGCUUCUCGCCAACGUGCAGGCUGACGGUACUUCUUUGUACGGAGUCGAUGAUGGUCGGAGAGUUCGGGCAUCGUCGACUGAGUCUGUGAACAUGGGUAGAAGACGAUCGAGGUCAAGAGCUGGUUCAGACACGGGCAUGUUGGGGUGGUUUUGGAGCAAAGGCUCGACAGUUGACGACGAAUACGAAGAUGGCGGCGAUGAGGCAAUCCCAUUACCUGUACCCCCUAUUGCCUGCCCUCACGUCCAAGCUUUCUCGCAGACAUCACAUUUUGCACGUUUCACUUCACCGCAACAGCCUGCUUUACCCUCAUCACCUUCGGCGUCGUCACCGCAGAACCCGUCUCGCAUGCGCUCGCAUACUUCACCGGUUCCGUCUAAUUUCUACAAUGCAUUUCAGAGCCCAUCACAAUCGCCUCGUCCACGACAUGCGUUUUCAUUAGAGACAGUUCCUAGCGUUGGUGAAAUGUCUGUUGAGGAGAUGGAAUCAGACGUCGACAUUCAGGCCGAUACUACCAAAACCGAUACUACUCGCGCAAAUGGUAACACCUCGAGGGGUGUAACACAGAGCCUUAACCAGGCGCAGAAAACACCCAGAAUGCCCACUCCGCCCCCAACGCCGCCUCUUCGUCGUCUCGAGACUAGCGGCAUUAGAAGCACAGGCCAAACUCCCUCAGUAUCGGGCUCGUCUGCUUCGAACACACGGCAAAAUCGGACGAGGCGAUCUACUGAACCCAUGCACACGACUCAACAAAGUGCUCUCGCCACAGCCAUACGUUCCCCAUCACGUUCUUCCACACCAGCUACAGCUUCUGCAUUCCUAACGGAAGCGAAGAGCAGGCGUAAAUCAACCCCCGUGUCUGGUUCUGUCCAGGCAGUGAAAAAUUCCGAAAGGCGGAGAUCCAUCCCGGCGUCAACGGGUGCAGGACCGGACCCGCGAUGUCAUCCUCGAAAUGUCAAUAACUCUGCUGGGCAGAUAGAUUUUGUGCAGUCUGGAAAUCAUCAUCUUGUGGUCCAGAAACCAGAUGCUCGCACACAGCAUGUUAGACAGUCUACGAUGCCUGUGAAUCUUUCUUCUUCCCUCCCUUCUCCGUCCUUUGCGUCGUAUUUACAAACACGCCACCGCCUUAGCAAUUCGACGAGCAACCCUCUUCCUCCGUCUCCUACAGUACAUACAUCCCAUCCCUCUCCUUCUUCUUCUGCUUCCAUGUCCACCCCCUCGCCUACCUCACCAUCUCAACCUCCUUCACCUUCAACAACAGCGUCGUCUUUCAACGCGCACACUGCGUCCAUGCGAUGUCGUCAGAUCGACGGUUACGUAUCGUUCGCGGCUGUCGCGGGUUUGGAGGAGCCUCAUGGUGAUGAUGAGUAUGCUGAUGGACCAGAGGGGUUAGCUGGACGGAGUUCCUCUGACCGGGGAUGGGUCGGACGGUUACUUGGGCUAUAG